CCAGAUUACUACUACCAGAUUCCGAGCAGCCUUGUUUUAUAAAAGACAUUCUAUUUCUUUUCUGCAGCCAUUAUAAAUGACAUUCAAAAUUCCUCGUAAGCUGUAUCUGACUUGCAUCUUGCAUUGCAAUUAUUAUUAGAGGUUCAUAAGAUGUGAAAAUGGAAGGUUGUAAUAGAUUUGGAACCAUGAAAUAUUACGUUUCUAUUGAUAUUUUCUAGUGCUAUUUAAAAAAUAAAAAAUAAAAAUCAAAUUUUCAGUAAUAUUUCAGUGAUAUUCGACAUGGAUGAGGUCCUUGUCACAUUUUUUUUCUUUUACUUAGACUCUAGUACGUCUAGCUGGAUGUAAAUUGAGGAGGUCAUUCACGGCACAUAUACAGGAAAUACAGAGUGUGGUUUUAUUAUUCUCAUUAACUUGCCUCACAGAGCAGAAAGAAAUGUUUGAAGUGGGAGGUGGAAAGAAUAGAUCAUUGUCUUUGUGUGCGCACGUCUGUGAGUGUGUGUGCUUCAACAAAGAGGUAACGCUGCAAUAUUUUAGGAGGUAAAUAUCCCUGACAUUUAUUAUUCAGGAACUGUGAUGAAUAAAUUAUUACAUCUUUGGAGUCAUAAUCCAUGACCUCUCUUCCUGUUUAAUGAUUCCAAGAGCUAUACACACUAUCAGUGUCAUAGAUAAUAAUGAAUGAAAUAAAAUAUCUUUCAUAGAGCCAGUCCCCACAAAUACUAUACAGGGGUUUAAUAUGCUGUAAGUCAGUGUUCCGUAUUCCGAAGGUCAUGAUGAGAAAGCGAGGCCUUACACAUCCAAUGCCCCCAUGUCGCAUCACGUGGAGUGACCUCUAGACAUGCCUCAGAGAGCCAGCCACUCUUAACACCUUUCUAAAUGCUGAAUAGCAAUGUUCAUGCCUCCUGGAUGCAGCCCUUGUUUGUGUAUGCAAAUGAAAAGCUCACAGCUCUAAUUCCCCAUUUCAACGCUUUAAAAGGUCAUUCUUGGUUUAUGAUGAUACUGUGAAGGCAUAAUGUGUGUGCACACAAAACCCUGGUAAUUAUUUUAUGUUGAUAUUAGGACUGGUAGUAGUAUUUUUUUUUUUUUUAUGUAAAACAAAAAUACCAUGACAAGAGGACCUUUGGGGGGGAUAUUUGUAAAGUAUCGCUGACGCUUUAAAUAAGACAAUCUGCUCCAUGAAGUGUGUAGCUUUGUAGUGCACAUCACAAAGUAAAAAAAGACUGAAGUAACAUCCAUAAUGACUAUUCAAGGAGAAACGACUGUUUAAAUAAAUAGAGGCACUAGGCGAAUACAAAUUGAAGAUUUACAAAAUUUUGGGUCUCAGGACAUAUGAAAAGAAGUUUGGGGAAAAAAACAUGUUUAGUUCAUGUUGAAUUCAAAAUUUUAUCCAUGUUUAUUAUUGUCUCUGUUAUUUCCCACUCAUGUUAAUUAAUGUGUAGUGUCAGGUCAGGCACUGUGGUUCUGGUCAGCUUGGUAGCUGAAAGAUUUCAGCAGCAACUCAAAGAACACAUCACUGUCAAUUAGCGACCGAGGCUCCCUGGGGCUGCCGAGAGCUGUCUCGAGAAAACAUUGCCACUUUGACUUAAACACUCAUAACGUGUACUAAGCGACAACAAACUAAAACACAUACUCUUCAGUUAUCUGGCUACUGAUGGACUCCUGGUUCCACCCUCCUCCAACAUUACAGGGAUAAAUGUUGUUGUUUUCUAACUAGAGUGAAAUGUUUUCAAUGUUUACCUGACAACAUAUCUGUGUCACACAUGGCUCUAUAUCACGAUAAAGUGCGUUUGGGGUCCUCAUCAGAAAAUAUUAAAACAUUAUGAAAAUGUAGCAGACAAAUGAAACUGAGGUCCUAUUGUACAGUAAGUGACCAAACAUUUGCAGACAUACCAGUAAAUUAGAGAGUAAGUCUCCUCAUAUGUGUUUGCUUCAUUUUAUGCCUAUUUUUAAAAUUAUUUUAUUGGCUCCCACACACAUCUACCAAUUAAAAUGACAAAUUUUUAUCAUUCAUAUUCUAUUUUCAUAAUCAUUAUUGAACAUUUUCUGGCAUGGUGAACGACUAGUUAGCAUAUCUGCCUCACAGUUCUUAGGACCGGGGCUCAUUCCCCGGCCCCGCCUGUGUGGAGUUUUCAUGUUCUCCCUGUGCCUGCGUGGGUUUUCUCCGGGCGCUCCGGUUUCCUCCCACAUCCCCAAAACAUGUGUGGUUGGUUGAUUGAAGACACUAAAUUGCCUGUAGGUGUGAAUGUGAGUCCAGAUGGUUGUUUGUUUCUAUGUGCCCUGCGAUUGGCUGGCGACCGGUUCUGGGUGUGCCCCGCCUCCCGCCCGAAGAUAGCUGGGAUAGGCUCCAGCAGCCCGCGACCCUAGUGAGCAUAAGCGGUAAAGAAAAUGGAUGGAUGGAUGGAUUAUUGAACAUUUUGCACUGCACCGUGUCCAUGAAAUUGCUGUCCACCCUGUCAUCAUGGGGCAAAUGCGUAUUUUUGGCGUGUUUUUUUACAUUACGAUGAGCAUGUUGACUUUCUGUAGUGGAGGCUGAAACAGUGGAUAGUUGCAGAAUAAAUAUUCACAUUUCUAUUUCAUAAUUUCAUCAUAUUAUAGGUGUAGUUGAAUGUUGCGCAGCUUAACAUGUCCACUCUGUCACUGCAAAAUAUAAGUUGAUAUAAAAACAUUUUAGAAUUUCUAUAUAUAUUUCAGGGCUCGAAGUUUACUGAUUCCCGAUUGCCCGUGGCAAGUUAAAAAAUAGUCACGGGCAAGCUAACAAAACAUACAACAUUCUCGAUCGGGCAAGCAUAUGAAAAAAUAUUAUUGUCGUAUGUAGGGAUGUCACAAUAUUCACAUUAUCGCGAAAUUAAAAGUGCCUCGGUAUCGUCGUGGCCUUGUCUUGGCAGUAGAGUUUCACUUCCUCCUUUGAGUGUAAACGUAUCCAAUUGGACUUGUAACUCAUGUUACCAUGCAUGUAAAUCUAAAGAAAUAAACUGAUUGACUGACUGUCCCACGUGACCGCAGCAUUGAGAGGAGUGCAUCAGCGUUGCAACUUCUACGGCGUGCUAUGCCCGUCAGAGCGUCACUUCACAAUCGACUGGGCGAGAUAAAGGCGCCUUGUUAUUCACGCCGGCCUCUGUCCCAGCAAACGCAGACACACGGGUCGGGAUCGCGUGCCGUGGACCUCCGCUUCGUGAAGCCUGCAUCCUGGCUCGCAACGACCGCCACCGGGAAGCCCCGUGAGUCGCCUCUCCGUGUGUUGCCGCCAGCGCCGCUCCCGCUCCUCCGCCGAAUUGUUUAAGCCUAUUGUAACAGUAACACUCUUUAGUGGUGUACUAUUGAGUCGAAAGUCAUGGGUGGAUGAACAUCACACGGAGAGGAGAUAACGAUUCUAACUCCCGUUAAAACAUAUCCCUCCGCAAUUACAUUCCAUUAGUCCCAAAAAGGAAAUAAUAAAAUAGGUCGACUCCAUAUCAUUGCAAAAAUAAAUCGUCUUACAUACUGCAAGUAGGGCAAGGCCAAGUUAACUUUGAGCCCUGUAUUUGUUAAACAGUACAUAGCUCGCUAACUGAAUCAUGUUGCGGGGUUAAGGUGCACCAGAUGCUCAUUAAAUGCUAACAUAAGUCAAAAAUGUCCACCUUGUCAUUGUCCACCCUGUCAACAUGCUCACCUACAGUACCUCAUUAGCUGUGUGCAUUUACAUUGUCUGCUUCCAGUUUUUUCAUUAAAAAAAAACAUGUUGCAGCUUGGCCAAUAUGCAUUUUUUACAGCCAUAACAGCUACCUAAUGCAAUUAAUAUGAAAUUCAAUGGAAAGUCUCUACUUUUUGAGGUGAAAUCAGGAAGUCUCAAAGGCCCCUUAUGGUGACAUACAUUAUAUUGACUAACAUGCCUGGUUAGUCAAAACAAACAUGAGAUUUCAUGGCCUAUUUUCCAACCACACGCUGGUGUAAUAAACUUCAGCAUUUUCUAUUUUCUUUUCGAGUGCUAAUUCAAUUAAGAGAAUUUACUGGACUGAUUGGCCCUGUUUAAUGACCUUUGCGUGACAAAACAAUUUCACAAUGCAUUUCAGCAUUUAUCACACAAGUAGGUCACCUGGUGUUGCCCACUAAGCUACCAGGACAGGCUUUGAUGUGUGCUUUUGACAGUAAUCCAGCAGUUGCUGAUUGGUCCACCUGAGUGAGUCGUGGUGUUGGGCCAGGCAGCACCAGCGUCUGGCUUGUCAUUCUGCCAACCCGAGUUGAUUGACUGGAUAAUCACAUGUUCUCUUGCUGCCCUUGUGCCAUACUUCUCUGCUGUUCCUUUGGGCACAGAAGUCAACGAGGCGGAAAAACAUCGCUGUGGGUCCAUCACUGCAGAUAGAUCACCAUAAGUGAGGAUCAUUGGUGGCUGGAAGCUGCACGCACAUUGGCCUAUAAUGUCAGUCCCACAACCACACAGUAAGACAGUGGAUGCAGUGAGGGAAUGUGGCGUAAUGUAAAAGGCCUCUUUGCCCGCUUCGUUUUUUCUCCCCUUGGAGAGCAAUAAGGGCAGAAAGAUGGAAGACAAAGAUCAAGUACACUUUCAAGUCCUAGUCUAUUCCAUUAUUUCAUAUCUCUGGCCCUUAAUCCUGCUCCAGUUUCAAUCCUGCCCCUAUGUUUAGUGCUUACAAAGCAGAACUGGGCCUCUAAGAUUGAACGUGUCCCAGAACUUUGGCAUCCGCACAUUUGCAUACGCAUUGCAUCAGUGGUUUAAAACUUGCUGAAGAAGAGAGAAUAAAUAGCUGUAGAGGAGUUGAAGAGCAUGAACCUGGCACCUAUCUAAAAUAAGCCUCAGAGUGGGCAGAACCUUUUGAGAUUUAAUUCUGUCACAAUGGGAUAUUGUCAUCCUCAUGUUUGGUUGUGUGGGCACAGCAGGAGAACGCUGGAGCGGCAUCUAUAAAAAUUCCAAGAUCUUUACAUAGGUUGCGUGUUUCUCUCGUCAGACCAAUUCAGGGCUUGUGUGAUUUGUGAGUGGUAAUUGCAGAGAGGAUUCUUUCAGGCUUUAUAAUUUUCAUGCACUUUGUCGUGCUGCUCUAAUUUAUCAGAUUUUAAAUUAGAUUAUGCUUGAGGUGUUUGCCACAUUGAAUCUAUGUAACCUCUCAGUUACUCCAGUCACAUAGAUCAUGCAGUAUUUUCAGGAUUGGCUGAAGGCAUGAAUCGGAGGACUGCAGUGUUAUGUCAGUUAAAUUAUCACUGAGCAUCAAAACACAUCAUGGUUGCACAAUGUUCACACUGUACUUAAUUAGCUUGCAACAAGCAUCAGAUACACGGUGCUGUGUUUCCAAAAUGAACAUUCUUAUUUGUGACAGUGCUUAUUGAAAAUGGAACCACACUCUGUAUUUUCUUGUAUUUGAUUUGACUGGAUUUGGUGACAGCAACAUUAUUUUUGCUUUACAUUUCCCAUUUUACAACAUAGUAAAAUGGUUCUGUUAAACAUUACUGUUAUUGUAUGACUAUCUCUUUAAUAAGUUAUUUAAUAUCUCAAAUUUAAGGGAAACUGAACAAAUUAGGAAUGCAAGGUGAUGCCCAGUUGUGAGAUGGAAUAUCUCAUGAUGGUCAUCUGCUGCCACCUAGUGGUGUAAUAUAAAUUAGUUGAAUACAACAGUCUAUCAGACACCAGAGACAAGCUACUUUAUAUUUGUCCCAUUUCUUAAGUUUACUUAGUUACAACCACUAACAGAGCAGAUUUACAGCAGAAAGGUAUUAAAGUAUGGCUUCUCGAUUACCUUCUUUCUGCAUGUGAAAAUGGGAGUUUCUUGAACAUUCUGAUGUCUAUCUUUUGUCUAAUGCUGGAACGGCAAAGUGCAAGUCAGAAUAAUGUGUUUUCUAUGGACCAUUAACUAUGUCAACCUUCAUGUUUUCUGACUUUGCUGAAAUAAUGAAUGUCCCUCUUUUCUUUUUCUUUUACCUUCUUCACUGUUUUCUGUACGGAUUUCUGUAGUAUAUUCACCUCUCACGUGUAUGUUUGUUAACCAUUUUUGGGCUGUCCUGCAGGCAAAGGUCCAGAGACUAUUUUUGCGGGUCAGAAUCUGAACGAUAAUGAGUGGCACACAGUACGUGUGUUCAGGAGGGGAAAGACUUUGACACUGACUGUAGAUGAUCUGACACCAGUGGAAGGUCAAAUGGCCGGUGACCACACCCAACUGGAGUUCCACAACAUUGAGACCGGCAUCGUGACGGAAAAGCGCUUCAUGGCCAUGGUGCCGUCCAAUUUCAUUGGUCAUCUCCAAAGCCUCUCCUUCAAUGGCAUGGCCUAUAUAGACCUGUGUAAAAACGGCGACAUCGACUACUGUGAACUCAACGCCAUGAUCGGCUUCAAGAACAUCAUUGCUGAUCCUGUCACCUUCAAGUCGCGCUCCAGCUACGUCACCCUCACCGCUCUACAGGCGUACUACUCCAUGCAUCUUUUCUUUCAGUUUAAGACCACCUCCUCUGAUGGCCUCAUCCUCUAUAACAGUGGGGAUGGGAAUGACUUCAUUGUGGUGGAGCUGGUCAAAGGAUACCUGCAUUAUGUGUCAGACCUGGGAAAUGGAGCCCAUUUGAUUAAAGGAAACUCCAACAAGCCUCUCAAUGACAACAAUUGGCACAGUGUCAUCAUCUCCAGGGAUGCCAACAACCUCCACACUGUCAAGAUUGAUACCAAGAUUACCACCCAGACCACCACAGGGGCCAAAAACCUGGAUUUAAAGGGUAACCUUUAUAUUGGUGGAGUGACCAAGGAGAUGUACAAGGAACUUCCCAAACUGGUGCAUGCCAAAGAGGGCUUUCAAGGUUGUUUGGCAUCAGUGGAUCUGAAUGGCCGUCUCCCUGACUUGAUGUCAGAUGCGUUGGACUGUGUGGGGCAAAUCGAAAGGGGAUGUGAAGGCCCCAGCACCACAUGCCAGGAAGACUCAUGUGCCAACCAGGGUGUCUGUCUUCAACAGUGGGAGGGCUUCAGCUGUGAUUGCAGCAUGACGACGUUCGGUGGCCCGUUGUGUAAUGACGCUGGAACAACGUACAUAUUUGGGCGAGAUGGUGGUAUCAUUACAUACACAUGGCCACCAAACGACAGGCCCAGCACAAGGGCAGACCGGCUAGCCAUUGGCUUCAGCACUCACCUGAAGGACGCUGUCCUUGUGAGGGUGGAUAGCUCUUCCGGUCUUGGAGACUUCUUGAAACUGCACAUCGAAAGAGGAAACAUUGCUGUUGUGUUUAAUGUCGGAACAGACGACAUUAACAUAGAGGAGACGUCCAAGUUUGUAAACGAUGGAAAGUACCAUAUAGUGAAGUUUACAAGGAGUGGGGGUAAUGCCACUCUCCAGUUGGACGACCUACCUGUCAUUGAGCGCUACCCCCAAGGCAACAAUGAUAACGAACGCCUGGCGAUUGCUAGACAGCGAAUCCCAUUCCGACUUGGUCGAGUAGUUGACGAAUGGCUACUCGACAAAGGGCGGCAGCUUACUAUCUUCAACAGCCAAACUACUAUACAGAUUGGUGGCUGGGAGCGAGACCGGACUAGAUCCUUUCAGGGCCAGCUUUCAGGCCUCUACUAUAAUGGCCUGAAAGUGUUCAACAUGGCCGCAGAGGGGGACCCCAACAUUAAAAUCCAGGGCAGCGCGCGGCUUGUAGGGGAGUCACCUUCCUCUAUCACGCCACAGUCAAGUACGACAGCCAAUCGGUCUGAAACUUCCACAACCAUUAUGGAACUCACCACCACCACUGCAUCUAAUCGACGAGCCAAACAGACGACACCACGAGAGCCUCAGCAGACAACUGAGGACAUGCUGGUGGCAUCAGCAGAGUGUCCAAGCGAUGAUGAGGACAUUGAUCCCUGUGAGCCGAGCUCAGGUGGGUUAGCCAAUCCCACAGGUACUGGACCAAAGAGUUUCCCAGACUCCUCUGAGGUCUUCCGCGAGUCCAGCAGUACUACAGGCAUGGUGGUGGGCAUCGUAGCAGCCGCGGCUCUGUGCAUUCUCAUCCUGCUCUACGCCAUGUACAAGUACCGCAAUCGAGACGAAGGGUCCUACCACGUGGAUGAGAGUCGCAACUACAUCAGCAACUCGGCUCAGUCAAAUGGUUCUAUUGUCAAAGAGAAAGCGGUCAACACCGCUAAGACUUGCAGCAAGAACAAGAAGAACAAGGAUAAGGAGUACUAUGUGUGAUUGUCAAAGUGCUGGUCCUACUCAGACCAACUGAAACAUUGUCGGAAAAUAUAAAAUGAAGACAAUAUUGUGUACAGUAUGAAAACAACAUUGAACCUUAUUUUGUCUUUGUUUUUCAAGAAGACCGUGCUCUGCAAAGUAAUAAGAAGAUAUAAUAAGGGAACAAGCAUUCUUCAGACGUCUGAAAGAAGAAUGUGGGUGGACAAAUGUCUAUGCCAUCCAAGUGGAUGUUAACUGAAAACAACCAAACAACAUAAUCCAUUUGUGACUUGUUUCCAAGAGCGGGAUGAUCUUACUCCUUUGUUUUGGAGACGAGAGGAGCACAGAUGCACUUUGCAAAAAGAGGGGUUACGAACUUAAUGGUUUCAUUAUAAAUUGCCAGCGUUUGUGUUGUUUUGUUUCCAGAGAACGUGGCGCCAUGCAUAAGUGUUGCAGACAUUUGAAUUGAAGAAGAAAGAGGCAGGAAACUGACAGCAAAUCCACUGAGAAAAAAAAAUCUUGACAGACGUCCGCAGACUCGCCAAAGUGGUCUCAGUUGAGCAUAACGGACUAAGAGCUGAAUUGACUGAACUGCAGUGUCAUUUACAAGACUUUUGUUUCCAGAAGAACAAAAUGUCCUUUGUGCCAGUAAGAAAUCUGGAGGCCUUUGUUUCUGCAUCACGUGAAGUCGAAGGCAACAAGUUUCUCAGAAGGCUCGAACGGGACCAUGUGAGAGCCAUGCACGUCGAAUGAUCCUAUUCCACUACAUAUGUUUCUAUACAGUACAACCACAUCUAAAUGUGCUUUUGAACUGUGAUAAUGUGGUGUUUUAUAGCCUGUUGUAUAGAUGAUGCAAACUAUAACUACUCCAAAACCAUUUUUUGGAAUAAAAAUCAAAAGGACAAAAAAGAAAAGAAGACGUAAAUGUUAAGUGUUGCUAGACAUACAACAUUUUAUGAAGAAAUCUGCAUCAUUUGUUUCCAACCCCCUUCCUGUUUUUACAUGUUCCUUUAUAGUUUUUAUACAAAUGCUAACCAGGCUAAGAGUAGCCCACCUUAAACUACACAAAGGAGUUCAAAGCAGGAGAGGAAUGAGCACAACAACGUGCGCCUUCCUCCAAAAUGACCCAACUGACUCAAGUGUGCUGCAAAAAAGAAGUUCAUGAUGGAGUGACGAUGACGACGAUGAAGAAAAAUUUAUUUGUUUUGUGUUUUGGCAUAAUGAAAUAGUCCAAUGUGUGCUUGAUGCUGAUGUAAAGAUCUGAAGAUUUCACAAGUCCAUUUCAACAGUUCUGUGUUUGUUCUGUCAUUCUGUCCGUCAGUUCUGCUUUCCAGAGACCAGUACUUGGAAUGAGUAUGAGGAAAAUGACCAUGAACUAUAAAUGAUGAUUAUAACUUA